AUGCCUCCUCGUAAGAAAACGAAGCGCGCACACUCCAACUCUCCCCCCGAAGAUACCGCGCCACAAUCCAGCGCCAAUACCCCCGGUUCAAGCGACAGCGCCGAGAAACCCGAUGAACCCGAGUACGACCUGAUCAGCGAUCCUUGGACAGAUGAGCAAGAAACUGCAUUGUUGAAGGCAAUAAUAAAAUGGAAGCCAGUCGGUGUACACAAGCAUUUUCGUAUGCUCGCGAUCUCAGAAUACUUGCGAAGUCAAGGAUAUGCACCCUAUAGUGCGGACCAUAUGCGCAUUCCUGGGAUAUGGAAGAAAUUGGGCUCCUUGUAUAACCUCGAAGCUCUCGACGAACGGGAGGAUUCUGUGAUUACAGAUGCGAACGAAGAUGACGAAGAACCGAGUGAGAUGUACUGUCCGUUCGAACUUCCGUAUGAUGAAUAUGGCGACAUGAUGUUCGAGAAACGACUCGCCUUGGAGGGUUCUUCUUCACCUAUUACCAGUCCCCAUCCUGAAUCCCGACGAGGGAGCACCGUUGCUGAUACAGAUGAACCACGCUCCUCCCCCGCACCAUCGCGAGGUCGCAAAUCAGACCACGGUACUCGCCAAGGCGGGCGAGCAACACGAUCUACCAGGCUACAGAUUGAAAUUGGAACUGGUAGCCAAGGAAAGGCCUCCGACGAAGAUAUGGAGGAUGUUGAGUCCGCCGAAGAAUCAGCUGCCAACGACGAGGGCGAGGGCGACGUCGAAGAGGAAGAAGAGGAAGAUGGAGAAGGUUCGGAUGGAGGAAAGGACAGUGAUGGCGACGAGGAGGAUGAUAGUGAAGGGAAAGGUGGAUCGCGAAGCACCCGCGCAAAGACCUCGCGAUCCAAGCAAAAGGAAACGAAAACUCCAACAAGCACGGCAACUCGCAGGACCGCUCGUCGCCGCUGA